AUGGCGCGCACCAGCCUCCCAGACCUAGAGUCUGGCGCAUCAACACCAGGCUACGCCAGUCAGUCCGACUCCAUCGACCACCCACGACAGGCCGAAAAGGCAAAAGAAGAAGCCAGCAGCAGCACUGAAAAAGCAAAAGCCUCUGAUGCUACUGUCCCAUCUGAUGAUGAUGAUGAGCCGCCAGACGGCGGACGCGUUGCCUGGACGCACGUCCUCCUCAUGCACAUUGUCUUCUUCAACACGUGGGGUGUCGUCAACGGCUACGGCGUCUUCCAGGAAUACUACACCACGGCGCUCCGCCGACCGCCCAGCGACAUUGCCUGGAUCGGCAGCGUCGAGACCUUUCUCCUCUUUGGCAUCGGCGUCGUCUCGGGCCGCGCCACCGACGCCGGCUACUUCUUCCACGUCUUUUACGCCGGCGUCUUGCUCGAGCUCCUCGGCGUCUUCAUGACCUCGCUCGGCACGCGCUACUGGCACUUUGUCCUCUCGCAGGCCGUCUGCAUGGGCGUCGGCAACGGCCUCGUCUUUUGCCCCGCGCUCGCCAUCCUCGCGCAGUAUUUCAAGCGGCGCCGCGCCUUUGCCGUCGGCCUGUCGGCGGCCGGCGCGGCGGUCGGCGGCCUGGUCUACCCGAUCCUCAUCAACCGGCUCAUCUUUCACGAAAAAAUUGGCUUUGCGUGGACGAUGCGCUGCAUGGGCCUCAUUAUGCUGCUCAGCUACAUUCCUUGCUUGUUCCUGUUUAAGCCGCGACUGCCGCCGCGCAAGACGACGGAUUGGAUAGACACGACGGCGUUUACGGAUGUGCCCUUUUUAUUCUUCACCGCGAGCAUGUUUUUUGCCUUUUGGGGCUUGUAUUUUGCCUUUUUCUUCCUCGGCACCUAUGCGCGCGACCAAAUCGGUGUCGCGCAGCCCAUCUACCUCCUCAUCCUGCUCAACGGCGUCGGCGUCAUCGGCCGCAUCUCGCCCACCAUUGUCGCCGACCAGUGGUGCGGCCCGCUCAACCUCAUCAUCGCCAUCGGCCUCGCCUCCAGCCUCUUGGUGUACUGCUGGGCCGCCGUGCACACCGCCGCGGGCUUGUACGUCUUUGCCGUCAUCUACGGCCUGGCGGCGGCGGCGCUGCAGGCCCUGUACCCGGCCGUGUCCACCACCAUGACGCCGCACCCGAGCAAGACGGGCACGCGCGUCGGCAUGAUUCUGGGCUUUGUCAGCUUGGCGAACCUGACAGGGCCGGCCAUUUCGGGGGCUAUUAUCGAGCGCUCUGGUGGUGGCAGCUAUCUGGGGGCGCAAAUGUUUGCUGCUACGGCUAUACUGCUCGCAACGGUCACGGCUGUGGGGGCACGUGUCGCCAGGGCAGGCUGGAAGAUUUGCGUAAAAGUUUAA